CAGUGUCGAGUGAGAAACGGCCGGUGCCACAGCUUCGGCCCGGGCGGGGAGGACGUCGACGACUGUGACCAUCAUCACACCGCAUUUACCUCUUCGUGUAAAGAUGGCGGCCCUACGUUUCGUAGUUUCAUGUGUUAAAGUUUCGGUCACGCGACAAGUGUCUUAGAGUGAGUGAUGUGAGAUGUCUAGGAGGCCCUCCUGCACCUCCUCCAGUACCUCGUUCUUCUAUGCCGGCGGUAAGCAUGCAGCAUGAGCGAGGAUUGUGGGGGGCCCGCUUGGAGUUUGGAGCAGCCUUCUUGUAGCCGGGAGCCUCGGAGGCACACCGUCGUCGAUCCCGGGGGCACUCGGAGCCGCGAGGGGGGGCACUCCGGCCGCCCGCAGCGAUGCUCCCGGCUCCCGUAGCUGCUGACGCCGUCGCCGCCACCGCACCCUGUCCCGCAGAAUGCCCCGGGCCCCUCGAUCGGGCCGCCUGUCAUCGCUGCUCCUGAUGGCCGGCCUGGCGUUCGCCGCCACCUUCACCUCUGUCACCAGCUCAUCGUCACCGCUCUCCAAACACGACGACGACGUCUCCUCCGUUGUCGUUGACGGUGUUGACGUUGUUGGCGCUUUUCCGACGUGGUCACUUUCAUCAUCUAAUUCUAAUUAUUGCAGCAAUUCUGCCCACGACGACACGAAUUUCUGUCCGCCGCCCUGUCAAACCUCAGACAGAUCUAAACAGUGCCUUCAUUACUUGCAAGAUUCGCACAAAGAGGAAGUCUGCGGCGGAGACGUGCCGCCCCAGCGCAGGCGUGACGUGCUGCACCGACUCCGGAUGCCCCACUGCUGUGAACACGCUGUCGACAAGGCGCUCCCCGAAGACGCCUUCCACGGGGACUCUAACACCUGCCAUCGACUUCUUACCAGACUCAUCGAAGUUGAUAACUUUGCCAGGAUUCUAUCCUGUAACCACGCUGAUCUGCUCACUCGCUAUGAUUGUUCUCAGAAUUAUUCCAUCGUUCACAACUGCAAAGACUGCAAGGAAGCAUACCGGCGAUGGGUAUGCAGUUCCCUGGUGCCUCAUUACACACGUUCUGGCGAGCGUAUGCGACCGUGCCUGCGUGUGUGUCAAAACGUCGAACAACAGUGUCCGUACCUACUGCCGGAUCAAACUGUGUCUCCUGGAGAGGCGGCCCACCCGACACCACAAUAUGCCGGAGAACCGACCUUUCUCUGCCUUGAUCCUAAUAUUCCUGAAACCGGCGAACAGAGACUGAAAUCUUCUCGAGGGGAAGAAGACUGUUGUUACAGCUACUGCUUAUCAGCGGGCAGGGGUACAGAGAAGCAGCAACUUCAAGCAGAAGACAUCAAAAGAGAUAACGGACGACGACACAGAGACAUCCUAAACGUUUGCGAGCACUGUCCAGGGCGGCCUCCAAACUCUUCGAACCCCUAUAAAGGGGGCUCCUCCCCACGGACAUUUAACAAAGUGUUUCUGCUAUGGACAGCAUGGAUAACAUUUUUACAGACAGAAAGACUUGUUUCUUUGUUGGUUAUGUGCGAAUACGGUAUUCGGACGAUGAUCUACUUCUCGAGAGUAUGGAGACAUUCGUGCUCAUAGAAUUUGUAGAAGUUUUAGGAGAUAUGUGUUCUAAUACUGGAGGGCUCAAACAGGUCUGUCUGUGGUCAUGCAUGUUGCUCAAUUUUUCCAGUAACACACCCUACGAUCUACGGUGGCUGGUUUAGACGAUAUGCUUCCUAGAUCCAUUGCUUGAAUUAGAAAUAUUUUAAAAUGAAAAAUGGUACCGUUUAUUACAUUAUUUAAGACAGCUAUGAAGGUUGUGAAGUCUGAAUUGGUUAGAUUUUAACAACGGUUUUUUCUUUAUGUCAAUCUGAACAUUCCAUUUAUAAUAUUUUUUAUUAUUUGCAUGCAAUAUUCGGUAAGUGUUUGAAGAAAAGUCUUUUAUGGUAUUGUCUUCUUUGAUGACAGAUUAAUAUGUAGUAUUUUGCUGUUGAUGAUAGAAAAACAAAUAUUAAAUAGUCAAUUUAGAAGGUUCCAAAGUACUUACCGAUUGUUGCCGUUCUAAUUAAAGGAGAUAUUUUCUUAGCUUCGAGACAUGUUUAGAAGUUUGUUAUAAAAAUGUCUAUCAAAAAAAUGUAAAUAUGGCUGUAUGAAAUAUUUUAAAAACUAAACAUCCCAACUACAUAUCUGAAAUAAGUCUCAUAAUUCAUUUACCACAAGUUUAAAAUUAUAUUUUAUGGGAUUGAGCAAUGGAUCUAGGAGUAGUUUAAAGAUUAUGAUAUUGCAAUAAUCGUAAUAGGAUAAUUAAAUUUACUUUUAUCGUAAAAAAGUGUUCAAAUGAAAUAAAACGUAUAGUUUUAACCAGAUACUUUUAAUAACCGUACGUAUAUCUAUACAUUGAGAUGAAAAUUUAAAUUAUCGUCGACAGGAUAAUUUUAUGUAAAAGGGUAUGCCAUAUUUUUAACAUGAAGAAUAACGAAUGAACUGUUAACUUUUUAAAAAUAAAUGCUGUUCUGAUCCUAAACAAUUUACAAAAAUUUAUUUUAAAACAAAAAAAAAUUUCUAUAAUAAUGAUUAUUUGUUCAGGAUCAGGCAGAUCUGCAAAGUGAAAUGCCUUAAUAAAAAAUGAUUGCAUUGAAAUCUGUAGUUUUCCAAUGAGAUGAAAUAUAUGGAGAUCGGCAAAAGAAAAUUUUUAAUUUGAUAUAGAGCAAAAUACUUUCUACUACCAUUGUUAUCAGUGCUUCAGUUGACAUAGAUACAAAAUGUUUCAAAUACUACAUUUGAUGUUUUAUCAGAAACAUAAAUGCAUAAAAUUUCACAUGCUUUAAUUAUUCUGAGGUGUGCUACAAGAAUUUAUGUUCCCGAGUUUUUAUGGUUUUGUAACAUUGGAAUAUUACGGAAAUUUUGCAAUAAUAAGGUUGUUCGUAUUUAUACAGAAAUGUAAAAUAUAAUAAAUAGGUAUUCUCUUCACUAUACCAACCUGUCGAUAUAUCCUUUGAAAAAAUAAGAAUAUCAUUCAAUAAAAUAUAAAAUGCGCACAAUACAUUUUCAUUAAUUUCUAAGAUUUCACUGUGUGUACUUAACUCGUUUUAUAUUUUUGUAUAAAACGUUCUUUCUAUUACAAAUUGUUGUUAAAUAUGUAAUUAAACAUUAUAUCUAUGUGAUUUAAAAAAUCCACACGACCAUUUUAUACUAGCAAUGCAUUACGAAAAAUAGAAUGGAUGAUUUUCACUAUUGAGUUUAAAAUUUAUCGUUUUGUAGCCGAUGCUUUACAGACUAACGUAUAUUUAUAAUUAAUAUCAUCUGAUAAUAAAGUAAACCUAAUAAUCUAGUGAGUAUGUAAAUACAACCUUUCAAAACACGUCUACAUUAUAUAUGUGAAUAAACAACAUAUUACCAAAGCAAAGGUACAACGAGAUUAGUAUAAUUAAGUAGAUAGAAUAUUUUUAGAUAUUGUUAAAGUAUAUAUUGAAAAUGCCGCAAUAAAUCUGUCUCACUUGAGAGAAACGAAAACUGUUUAUAUACACCACUUUAUACUGAAUUAUUCCGAAAACAAUAAAUAUAAAUUUUGAUGAUCCUCUGUUGUUAUGGAAAAUUGCAUCAAUAAUGGAUAGGAAUACAGUUAUAUAAUGUUUGAUCGGAGUAGUACAAAUAGGUAUUUUCCAAUAAUUAUUUGACUAGCUCUAUAAAAAGGAGGUUAUAAAUCAAAAACAA